UUACAUUUCCGAGUGCAGUAUUUCUCCGAUCUGCGCUGUUACGUUUACUUACUGCCUGCCUUCUCAUUUAAUAAUAUCUCUUUCUAUCUUGACAUAUUUAGCCAUCGCCAUAAACCUCUAGAAACUGCCAUCCAUCUUCAUCACCGACCUCACACUCUGGCUAUAAAGCUGUCCGUGCUGCGGUUAAAGAUAAACUUACUACACAUUCAUAUUCAUCACCCUGUUUUAUUUAAAAGCUACUCUAAUUUCCUAGUGUAUCUGCCGAAAACAUUUUCUCUUUGCAAUUGAACUGGAUUGGAAUUUAUUCAUUGUGUUUGAAUUGGAUUUUAUUUGAUUCAUUGUGUUCGAAUCUUCGACCUCUGACUGAUUCCAGUGCUGCCUUGGUUUCACUCUGUCGUCGGAGAUGAAACCAAAAUUGGCGAAGCCGAUGACACCGUUUUUGCUGAAGGAUUAUCUGGGGGAUGAAAUGAGCUCCUGCUCCUCAAAUGGCUUCAGGUCGUAUCCUCGCCGUGAAUGCUCCACGACGGUUAGGUUUCUGCUCGAGGCAGACCUCAGAGAUGCGCCGGCUCGGGAUCCGGUUUCAGAGGCGCCGCCCGCCAGAGGACGCGCUGCGGCGAAUAAGGCGCCGAAGGCUAGAGUGUUUUCAGCUUUGCAGAGAGCUUCGAAGAAGGUGAUUAAGGCGGUUAGAAUCCUCCAAAUCGCCUCUUCUCCGGCGGCUGUUAAGUCUGAGAAACAGAGCGAGCCGAAGAAGGAGAUACCGACGGCGAAUUUUCCGCGGAAGCUUCUGAAACGAAACUUGAACAUCAAAUUAACUGAUCGCAGCGAAAUGGAACGGUGGAAAGUUUACGACCAAUUGAUGGAAAAUAUGUGCAAACCGUCCGAUUCUAACAGCUCGACGAGCAACAGCUGGUGCGAUAGUGAUUUCAUGGCUUCCGGCAGUUUGCUGCAAUCUUCGAGCUGCGAUUCUGAGGUGAGCUCGAGAGUGGCGCACAACGACGUCGUUGCUGCGAAAACAUCGCUGGCGGAGAAAGCAGUUAGCAAUGAGAGUGUCGGCGUAACUAACGCAUAUCCUCCAACCAAACAGCUCUGGUCAAUAACAACUUGUAACGUGGAAAAGGAACAGUCAAGUCCGAUCUCUACACUGGAUUGUCCAUUUGAAGACGAUGACGAUGUCUCUUUCCAAGAUAAACUUAAUAUCGGACCAGAAACCCUGAGGAAGCUGAUGAAGAAGAUCAAAAGGUUUGAGAGCCUCACUCAAAUUGAGGUGCCACUGAAAGCCGAAUCACCUCUACGCAAUUCCUUAUCAUUCACACCGUACAACUUCAGGGAUAUAGGCUGCGAAGAUCAUAGCCAAGUAGAACUAAAAGCGGCAUUAUUACUUCAACAGUUGAACCACAACAGAAGGCUAUCAUCAUGUAGCCUCAAACUUAAUGUGACUGAAAGAUUCUUACUACUCGAUUUCUUCCGGGAUGGAAUCAUUGAAGACAGAUUGCCGGUUUCGCAGCUAAUAAAGGAAGCGGGGGAUUGGAUUAAUGGGGAAUCUCAUAGAUAUUUGCAUGAAUGGGAAGUGGAAAAGAAUAGGAAGCGGUACAUUGAGGAUAUGGAGAAUGAAUGGGAGUUGAAGAGGAUAGUGGAUGAGGAGAAUGGGGGCUUAGCUAUGGAGUUGGAAAGAUAUGUCUUAAGUUCUUUGGUGAAUGAGCUAGUUGUUGAUCUAGCUUGUUUGAGCAAACAAAGGAUAAUUAAGGAUGGUUUGUCUUCUUAUCAUCGGUCAUGAUUGGAUAGUUGCAAUUCAAUUUUGUAAAACACCAAAUUUCAUCUCGCAACCAAGGGUAUGAGCAAAUGCUCCCUUAAUUUUGGUGUUAUUGUAAAAAAAAAAAUGAAAAUUAGUUUUAUUCCAUCGGGGCAGGCUGAACUCACUCAUCAUGGUUAGGUUUUGAAAAAAUCGAUUAAAAUGGCGACUACAUUUUACCUGUGUUUAUAUCUUAAAUGAUUAAAUCGGGUAAUGACAAACUUUUAGCCGAGGUUAAGACAAACAUUGUUUGUCCGAAGGAUAAGCGAGCACAAGUUCCUGAUACUAGUUUUGUUUUGUAAAGGCUACAGGCUGUGUG